AUGCCUCCACCUGCUACUGUCGAUGACUCCUGGUCGGACUCGGACGAUGGGCUCGAUGCCGACGUCGAGACCGCCGUCCAACUCGGCGUUCCUGACGGGCCCCUCGAGUCGACGGCCGAUAUCGUAGACCCCGCUGUAUCGCGAAUAGGUGGUCAUCCCGCCUUCCUGUCUGCCCCGCCCCCCAUCGAUCUCAGCCACUGCAAGGUGUGCUCCGCUCCGAUGCCACUCGCCAUCCAAAUCUGGUGCCCGCUCGAGGACAGCCCCCACGACCGCGUCCUCUUCGUCUGGGCCUGUCCGGACGGCCCCUGCCAACGUAAGGAGGGAAGCGUCCGAGCCUGGCGCGAGCUCAGGUUCAACGCGACGUACGCAGCCAAGCUCGAGAAAAAAGCGGCGCGGCAGAAGGAAGUGGAAGCCCAAAAGGCAAAAGUCGCCGCCGAGGUCAGCGCGAACCACGCGACGCCCAAGACCAACCCCUUCGCACUCGGGGCCAGUUCUGCUCCGAAUCCCUUCGGACUUGGUUCCGCCGUCUUCGGCAGCCCUGCUCCUGAAGAAGACUCCGAUGCGCCCGGGACAACCUCCGCAUCCGCUGAUGCGUCGAGUGAUGAUGUAAGGGACGACAGCGAGGACGACGACGAAGAUUCAAGCGACAGUGAUAGCGACGACGACAGGCUCGCUGCCACCCUCCAGGCAGCUUCUCUGGACGAUUCUCCGUGGAAGACCGCGCCAGCGUUUCCGCCGCUCUACCUCUCAACAACUUCAGAGUACCUCCCUCCGCCACCCAAAACCAAACAGAUCGCAGACGCGAUGCUUGACACCAACGGAGACGCUGAUUCCAAAAGCAAAGGCGCGAGCGCGUGGGCCCCGGAAGGUUACGAGAACUCCAUGGACGUCGACCAAGCGUUUGAACGGUUCAGCAAACGCGUUUCCUAUGAAGGCGAACAGUGUCUACGGUACGAACUGGGUGGAACCCCAUUGCCGUAUGCGAGCGACAAGGUAUUCAAUGCACUCUUCCCUGUGCCCCCUUCGCCCCCGUUGCCUGUUACGAAACCGGGUUUCAUGAUCACCACCGCUCGAAAACGGAUGUAUGUCCCCGAAACACUGCCGGUGUGCACAAGCUGCAAAUCGCGCCGGGUAUUCGAGUGUCAGUUGAUGCCAAAUCUGAUCAACACGCUCAAGCUGCCUUCAAAGGGGGUUCAAAAGCCCCAGUCUAGCGAGGAACGCCGUGCGGAGGUCCUCAGGGCGCUCAAGGGUGGGGGAGAGGGAAGUGGGAUGGAGUGGGGAACGUGUAUGAUUUUCUCUUGCCAGAAGGAUUGCACUGAUGUCAAGGGCGCGGAUACGUGGCGAGAGGAGCAUGUACUUGUGCAGUGGGAGGAAUGA